AUGGGAGAAGAAAGAAAGAAGAUGCAGGGAAACUAUUGUGACGUUUACGACGGUUUGGGAGAGUCCCUAUGGGAUACUAUACUUUCUCUCUUGCCAUUUCAUGAGGCGGUGAAAACUUCUAUCUUAUCGAAAGCAUGGCAGCAUUCAUGGACCUCAAUCCCUUACUUAGAUAUCGAUCCCUUCCUAACACUACCACCGGAAAGGAUGGAAGAAGAAGAAAAAAAAGCAACAGCGACAAAAGAUAGUGAUCAAUAUUGGGCCCCACUGGGAGGUGGUGAUGAAUGGAUUAGGAUUGUCGACAAAAUAUUCGCAUCUCACCCUGGUAAUAUACAAAAAUGCCGUAUAUCUACUUGGUAUUCUAAGAACGGUUCUAAUAUAGACCGUUGGAUCAGCGAGUUGAUGAAAAGGUCGAUAGCUGAACUAGUAAUCGAAAGUGGUGGGUUGGGGCUAUCAUACAAGGUGCCACAUAUACUUUUUCAACAUGAGUCAUUGAAGAAACUCGAGUUACAUGGAUGUGCUGUCAAUCUCCCUUCAUUCAUAUCUUUGAAAUAUAUUAAUUUGAGAAUGCUGAAGUUGCAUAAUACCGACAUCUCAAUAGGCACCCUUCAACGUUUUCUCUCCCAAUGUGGUUCUUUGGAGAGCUUGACAUUGCAGGGAUGGUACAACAUUGAUGUUCCGUUUCUCAACAUUAGCGCACCCUAUCUAAGAGACUUGGAUAUCAAUUUUUGUAGUUGCAGUAAAUUAAAACGGGUGCGCAUCGAUGCACCGAAUCUUAAAAAUGUGAAGAUGGAUAAUUCCGUUGGUGUGAAAGUGGAAAUACAUCCACCGUUGCUCGAGACAUCUAAGUGCUGGGCAGCAGCGAAUAUACCAGUGGAAUGCAGCGACGAAGACGGAGGCAGUUGGGACUAA